AUGCAGACAGUUGUUUGGUUCUUUAGGAAACAUCUGGGCGGCUCCAAGGAGACCCGAGUCCUGACCGAUCACCAUGGCAACAAGCUGCUGGACACCAGUCGAGUCCCUCACAGCGGCGACCUGCGGAGCCGGUUCUCCAUCCGUCUGUUCAGCCUGCUGAUCUUCAGAGCCGGGCCGGACGACUCUGGCAUCUACAUCUGUGGCUCCACACACAAAGACUUCUUCUAUGGUUACGACCUGGACGUCCAGCAGGCGCACACGCUCAGUCUCACCCCGAGGCUCGUUUCGAAUUCAAGAGAUCACAAGAAACUAAAAGAAAGAAAAGGACUCGGCUCCAAUAAGCCUCUGUACCGAGUCUUCACCAGCUUCCGGGCCUGGUCAGUGUGCGACCGCUGUGGAGUGCCAGGGGAGCAGGUCCGCGUUGGACUCUGCUACAUCCACUCCAACUUCCUGCAUGUACGCUUCAGACGGGCCAAUCAGACUGUGGCGUCGUGCGGCUCGGGGGCGGUACCGAAGGCUUUCAGCCGUCUGAAGGAAAGCAGAGCAGGCGCCAAGAUGGAGGUUAAAAGCUGUGAAGUGACGUGUGAAAAACAAGCUCCGCCUCCGUCCAAACUCCACGCUUUUAUGGCAUUUCUAGGGUACAGUUCUGCCUCCAUGACAGCUGAGGUGCCGGUCCUCUACCUGAACCACCCGGCAGACCGCAUCCUGGCCCUCGGCUGCCCCGGGGCCCGACCCAACAUGGCCGUGGCCUGGGACCGAGGAUCUGAACGCAUCUACAGAUCUGAGCACUUGGCAGGUCGUAACGUCGACGCCACAACACCCAGACUGACGAUAGACACCGGACACCACCUGGUCUUCACCCCCGCCAAAACCCAGGACUCAGGUAUCUAUCACUGCUGGCUUCAGGGUCGCCGAGCCGCUGAGAUACGUCUCCUGGUCUACGCCCAUCUGGGUCGGGGUCGGUCAGUGAUGUCACACCCCGACUUCCUGUUAGCUGUGAAGAUGGUGUUGAAGUCAUACGCUGCCAUGACGGCCGUGUUCUGCCUGCUGGUGUUCGGCAGAGCUGGAGUCAGAAUCUACCGAGACACCAGAGACAGAGACGCACACGUGGAUUAA